AUUAAUUAACGCACAUUUUAAAAAUCAAGCAGCCUCAAUAUUGUCCUUGUAUAAUUAUGUUUCGUUUUAUAUUAAAUUUUUUAAAGGCUGUUUGCGAUGCCAACUUCAGAAUUACAAGUAUUUGUGCGAAAUGGCCUGGCAGCGUUCACGACAGCCGAAUAUGGCGCGAAUCUGCAUUGUGUCAGAAAUUUGAGAAUGGUGAAUGUAACGGAUUUCUACUCGGAGAUUCUGGUUAUCCGUGUAAAAGAUAUCUCAUGACACCGUUUCUGAAUCCUUCUACUGUCCCACAACAGAAAUUCAAUGCAUCACUUUGUAAAACAAGGGUACUAGUGGAACAAACGUUUGGAAUUUUGAAGCGCAGAUUUUCGUGCCUACAAGGGGUACUAAGGACAGACCCACGUCAAGCUACGAGGUACAUCGUUGCUUGUGCAAUAUUGCACAACAUUGGAAUAGACAGGGGUGAUAUCGUGGAUUGUAGACAAGAUGAAGUUCAGCUGCUUGGUGGAAACGACAAUGCAUUACAUGUAGUUGGUGAUGGAUUAAACAUUCGCAAUCACAUAGUGGAUACGUAUUUCACUUAAAAGAGACUUGAUGGCCAGUGGCUGCAGUCUUGGGGGUAGCAGACUCAGAGAUGGCAGAAGAUGUACAGGCCGCAGAAGAUGUGCAGGCGGCAGAAGAUGUACAGACAGAAGCCGUGCCAUUGUUAAUUU